AUGCCAGUUCCUAAUAACUCUUUAGUCUCUCAAUUUAGCAACUUGAUGCUGUUGCGUGAGUUGCAGUAUGAUACUGUUUAUUUGACUCGUGAGCAUGAUGCAAAUGUCUUAAAGUUAAAUGAAGAACAGAGGGUGGUCUACGAUAAAAUUAUUGAUUGUGUUUCGAAUAAGAGGCACGGAUUCUUUUUUGUGUACGGGUUUGGUGGCACUGGAAAAACUUUUUUAUACAGGGUUUUGUCGAAUAGAUUGCGAUCUGAGAAAAAGAUUGUUAUAAACGUUGCUUCUAGUGGUAUUGCUUCUCUGUUGUUACCUGGUGGUAAGACGGCGCAUUCUAUGUUCUAUAUUCCUGUUGAUCUGACUGAAGAUACUGUUUUUCGGAUUAAGAAGGAUAGUGCAAAAGCUGAGGUAGUCCGAUUGGCCGAUUUGAUUAUUUGGGAUGAGGCACCGAUGACUAACAAAUUAGCAUUUGAAGCGCUCGAUAGGACGUUACGUGAUAUAAUGGUUUCGGUCUCUGAUAGGAAUAAAGAUUUACCUUUUGGUGGGAAGGUGGUCAUUCUCGGUGGUGAUUUCAGGCAGGUCUUGCCAGUUAUUCCGAAAGGUUCUCGUGCUAAGAUUGUCAUGGCUUCGAUAAAUUCUUCUGUCCUCUGGAAAUAUUGCGAAGUUUUGCGUCUAACGAAAAAUAUGAGGUUAACAAUGGGAUUGGAACAAUCAACUCCUCAGGAGUUAAGGUCAUUUUUAAAUUGGAUACUUCAAAUCGGUGAAGGUCGAUGUGGAACAGUGGUCAAUGAUAAACUUUUUGUUGAUAUUCCUUCUAAUCUAAUCAUUCCUGUCUUGGAAAAUCCAGUGGAAGAUAUUGUAAAUACAAUCUAUCCGAAUUUUGUUCAGAAUUUUCGUGAUCCACAUUUUUUCCAGGAUAGGGCAAUUCUGGCUCCGACUGUCGACAAUGUUGAAGAGAUAAACAAUUAUAUAGUUGACUUGUUGCCCGGUGAGGAGAAAAAUUAUCUCAGUGCUGAUUCGAUAUGUGGUAGUGAUGUCUAUUCUGAUGUUGAUGUUGAUUGGAUAAAUGUUGAAUUCUUGAAUCAUAUUAGGUGUUCUGGUCUACCUAAUCAUUCGUUGAAGUUGAAAAUAGGCGUGCCUAUUAUUUUGUUGAGGAAUAUUGAUCCAGCUGGGGGUUUGUGUAAUGGGACCCGACUUGUUGUGCGAGAUCUAGGGAGAAAUGUGAUUGGUGCGGAUAUUGUUUCUAGUAGCAAUGUUGGGGAUAAGGUUUUUAUCACCAGAAUGAAUAUGAUUCCCAGUGAUACGGUUAUACCGUUUAAAUUCCAACGUCGUCAGUUCCCGGUUUCUCUGUCGUUUGCGAUGACAAUAAACAAAAGCCAGGGUCAGACAUUAUCAACAGUCGAUUUAUUCUUGCGUCGUCCUGUGUUUUGUCACGGUCAACUUUAUGUAGCUCUUUCCUGA